UCACGCCCCCCCCCCCAGGCGGCCUGGCUGGGCCUGAACGCGUUCCUGUUCGCGCACUUUUACCGCUUCUACGCCGAGGGCCCGCAGUUCCUGUACACGCGGAGGCUGCUCGGGCCCUGGCUGGCCCUGGCCCGCGCCCCCGCCGCCUGCCUGAACUUCAACUGCCUGCUGGUGCUGCUGCCGGUGUGCCGGAACCUGCUGUCGUUCCUGCGGGGCUCGGCCGCGGUGAGUGUGCGCGGGGGGGGGCGGGGCGGGGGGCGGGGCUUACACGAGUUCGCUCCGUUCCGGGGGAGUUUCCCGGAUGGGCGGGCGGCGGGGUCCCGGGGGUCACGCACGGGGUCACGCACGGGGUCACGCAGGGGGUCACGGGGUCACGCACGGGGUCACACACCCCCCUCCGUGUUCCAGCCCUGGCUGGCCCUGGCCCGCGCCCCCGCCGCCUGCCUGAACUUCAACUGCCUGCUGGUGCUGCUGCCGGUGUGCCGGAACCUGCUGUCGUUCCUGCGGGGCUCGGCCGCGCGCUGCCCGGUGCCCAAGUUCGCGGGGAGCGCGCCCGCGACCUGGAAGUGGAUCCUGGGCCCCAUGGUUCUGUACCUGUGCGAGCGGCUGGUGCGGCUGUGGCGGGCGAGGCAGAAGGUCGUCGUCACCAAGGUGGUGACGCACCCCGGCGGCACGUUCGAGCUGCAGAUGCAGAAGCGCGGGUUCCGCAUGGCGGUGGGGCAGUACGUGUUCCUGCAGUGCCCGCGCGUGUCGCGGCUGGAGUGGCACCCGUUCACGCUCACCUCCGCGCCCGAGGAGGACGUCUUCAGCGUGCACGUGCGCGUGGCGGGCGACUGGACCGAGGCGCUCUUCCGCGCGUGCGGCUGCGACCGGCCGGAGUUCCAGGAGGCCUGGAAGCUGCCCAAGAUCGCCGUGGACGGCCCCUUCGGCACGGCGAGCGAGGACGUGUUCAGCUACGAGGUGGUGAUGCUCGUGGGCGCCGGGAUCGGGGUGACGCCCUUCGCCUCCGUGCUCAAGUCCGUGUGGUACAAGCGCUGCGGCGGCGACGCCGACCUGCGGCUCAAAAAGGUGAGAGGGUGAGGGGUCGCGGGGCGGGCGGGUGCGCGUGCGCUCGCACACUCGGGGGAACGCUUAUCUGUUUUAUUUUUAUUUUCAUUUA